UAACAACGAAUAGAAGUGUAGUCUUGUGGAAAGAUUAGUCGAUUUUGUGUAUUAAUACUGAAAUAACCUCAGCAUAGUGCAUUGUCUUAUUUCACUCAGAGGACCUCUUAAGACCAACAAAAUGUCCAAGGUAACCAAAGAAGAAAAGACACUUUUGAGAAAAGUUUUUGAUAAAUUUGAUACAGAUGAAACAGGGGCACUAAGUGCAAAAGAAUUAUCUGAGGCCCUGGCCGCAAAUAAAAUCUACAAGUCGAUAAAGGAAGUCGAACAGAUCGUCAAGAAGAGAGAUACUGACGGAAGUGGUUCUUUGGAGUUCGAAGAAUUUUUAGAAGUGUAUGAAGAUUUACGAAAAACAGCUGGAAAUCCACAAACAGAAUUAAGAAAAGCAUUUGAUACAUUUGAUAAAGACAAGAAUGGAGUGCUAAGCAGGGAGGAAUUCCGGGAAAUCAUGAUGGUCAAAGGCACCAUGAAGUUGACAGAGGUCCAGUUUGACGCACUUAUGCGAAUGGUUGAUAAGAAUAACGACGGUAAAAUAAGCCCAGAAGAAUACAUCAAUUUCAUGUGCCAGUGAGACGAAGAAACGUUACCGUGACCAGUAAGAAGGCUCGACCAAUCUGUCGGAAAUGAACAAGACAUGACUAGGACUGUGACAAUUGUUCCCUUGUACUGUCAGUGGUACUACAGACUUCCUAAUCCGAGGCCAGACACGAAUGGAACGAAGUCACAGUUAUACAUCACUAUUCAACAACUUUCUGUUGAUCAAAGUAGUAUGUGGAGAUAGCGUUUAAUGGAGAAGUUUUAACAAAAGUGUUCACUAACGCUUAACUAGACCAAAUUAUAUUGUAUUUAUUUGCUGCCUUGAUUUAUCUAUAGUUUUAUUUUUUUACAUCCUCAUCCUCAUAUGAUCCAACCAAUGGGGAUAUAGGAAUAUGUUGUGUCAUCUAAUAUAAACGUAUGCUGUGUGUAACACUACGUGUCUCAAUUAUGACGUCACAAUACAGACUAUUGGUAGUCUGUCAUGAAAAACUUAUUGCGAAGACGAAAAAUAUACAUUUUCCAAAGAAAUUCGAUAAAAACAAAUACUUUUGAACUCAUUUUCAUUUUCUAUGAGAUCACAACAACGCGCGACUUUUAGGCUUACUUUAGGUUUAAAAAUAGUCGUGAAAAUAGGCAAACGUAUAAAAUACUUGUAUUUUUUAACCUCAUAUAUACAUGUAAUUAAACUAAACUUGUAUGUUUCAUGGGAUUUCCUCUAUAUUUUAAAUGAAUAAAGUAUGUCAA